GCACUGGUCCGUGGGUGUCCGGAGGGCUGAGAGAUGAACGGAACGUACUCCAUGGAGGCCGUUGAAGAAGAACAGACGGCGAGGGCCAGUUUUAAGGAGUCCUUCAAGUAUGUCGGGGAUAAGAGCGUGAUGAGUAGAGGAGCUCAUGCUGAGCAGCACGAGCCCUCCUGCGGACUGAGUGUCAGCAAGAUAUCCUACACUGUCAGUGAGCGUUUGGGCCCCUGGUGGGAUCUUCCCUCCUACAGGAAGAAGUGGACUCGUCAGAUCCUCAACGAUGUCUCCUUCCAUGUGGACAGUGGUCAGAUUAUGGGCAUUCUGGGAAACUCAGGCUCAGGGAAGACCACCCUCAUGGACGCCAUCUCAGGCAGGAUUGGGAACGCUGGUGAGCUCCUGGGUGAGGUGGCCAUCAACGGGAGGAAACUGAAGAGAGAGCAGUACAAAGACUGUUUCUCCUAUGUGCUUCAGAGUGAUAACUUGUUGAGCUACCUGACAGUGAAGGAGACGCUCUCCUUCACGGCCCAGCUGGCGUUGAAGGGAACCUCUGCUGAGCUCAUCCAGAAGAGGGUGUCGUCCGUCAUGGCGGAGCUGAGUCUGGGCCAUGUGGCUCACAGCGUGAUCGGAGGACGGAUCUUCCCAGGGAUCUCUGGGGGGGAGAGGAGGAGGGUGUCUAUCGCCAGCCAGCUGCUUCAGGACCCCAAGGUCAUCCUUCUGGAUGAGCCUACAACAGGAUUGGAUAGCAUGACCGCCAAUCAGAUCGUGGUGCUGCUGGCAGAGCUGGCCAGGAGGGACCGUAUCGUCAUAGUGACCAUCCACCAACCACGUUCUGAGCUCUUUAGGGUCUUCAGCAGAAUCGCCAUCAUGAGCAGAGGAGAGAUGGUUUUCUGUGGACAGCCGGGGGAGAUGGUGGACUUCUUCAGCCAGAGCGGCUACGAGUGUCCCGACUACUGCAACCCUUUUGAUAUCUACGUGGACCUGACGUCGGUGGACACUCGGAACAGCGAGAGAGAGGCCGCCACCUACAGCCGCAUGCACGACAUCACCUCGUCCUAUCAGAGCUCAGAGAUCUACCGGAGCAUGCUGCGCCAGAUCGAGCAGAGCAGUCUGAGGACAGACAAACCCGGCAUCCCCUUCAAGAGCACAGAGUCUCCCAGCGGACUCACCAAGCUGGCUGUGCUCCUCAGGAGGACGGUGAGGAACUUGUCCAGAGACAGGAUGGGCGUCCUCAUGCGUCUGUCCCAGAACCUGAUCUACGGCCUCUUCGUGGCCUUCUUCGUCAUGCGGCUGGACCUGGACGUCAGCAAGGGGGCGGUACAGGACCGGAUAGGCAUCAUCUACCAGUCCAUGGGGGCGUCGCCCUACACGGGCAUGCUGAACGCUGUCGCUCUGUUCCCUGCCUUGCGGGCUAUCAGUGACCAGGAGAGUAAGGAUGGUCUGUACAGUAAAUGGCAGAUGUUCCUGGCCUACAUCGUCCACAUCCUACCCUUCAGCAUUGUCAGCGUGUUCAUAUUCUCCUCCUUCCUCUACUGGACAGUGGGGAUGUUCCCAGAGACGUGGCGUUUCCUGUGUUUCGCAGCCGUGAUCCUGGUCCCUCACGUGGUGGGUGAGCUGCUGACCCUGGUGCUGCUGGGCGUGGUGCAGAACCCCAACAUGGUCAACAGCGGCGUGGCGCUGCUCAACGUGGCAGGCAUCAUGGUGGGCUCUGGCUUCCUCAGGAGCACCCAGCAGAUGCCUGUGGUGUUCCAGUGGCUCAGCUACCUCACCUUCCAGAAGUACGGCUGUGAGCUGCUCAUCGUCAACGAGUUCCACGGUCUCAACUUCACUUGCAGUCAGACCAGUGUACCCGGUGCUUGUCUGAUCACAGAUGGAGGUCAGAUCAUUGACCAGGGUUACCCAGGAGCUCUGUCCCGCUUCACUCUGGACUUCCUCCUGCUCUAUGCCUUCCUGCCAGCCCUGGUGCUGCUCGGGGUUAUCAGCUACAAGAUCAGAGACCACCUCGUACGGAACUGACCGAUGACCACUUCCUGCCUGAGUCUGUCAUCAUGAGCACACGGCUAAAGGACGCUUGUCUUUGUACUGUAGCCACAGAAACAAAGAUAUUCACUGUCCUCAGGGCAUAAGGAAAUAACAAGACAGAUGACAUGGUGCUAACACAGCAGUAGAGAAACACUAUCCCCCAAGGGGAAAUCGCUUUUUUUUUACCUCAGAAUAAUCCAUAGAAACAGUAAAGAUGCGUUUUAAGGCCCGUUCAGAUCAAGGAUGAUAACGACAACUAUAACUAAAGAUAUAAUUCUAAGAAUCGUUCUAUAUAUAAAAAAUGCUGUGGCAUAGUCCAGUCCACACCACAACAAUAACGACAAACUAUAUAAAGGAACGAUAU